AUGCUUAGGGGGAUUAUAAAAUAUUGCCACCAUAGCGGGAGGACAAAAGUCGACGAGGAGGUUAAAAGGGAACAAGCGAACGAAAAGAAGGUAGAGAAAAGGAACGAUCAACAGGAAGAGAAAAUGGAAGGGAAGAAUAUCGAGAUGGACGAGGAGGCUGAAGGGAUGGAUGCUAAAAGUGGGAAAGUGGAGGAGGGCGAAAUGAAAGAUGUGGGGGUCGAAAGUGGGGAUGCAAAAAGUGAUGACGAGAAUGUACGAAACGACUGUGGGGACAACCCGAAAGACCACAACAGCAGCAGCGUCAUCGACCGGAAUACGCUGUGGAGUGACCUGUACAUCUCAAGGCCCUUCCUGAAGGUGCUCUACGAGGGCAAGUUCAACAAUCCCACGUUUAUCCAGCGUGACGUGAUACCGCUAGCCCUGGAAGGGAAGAGCAUUUUAGCUAACUCUGAGACAGGUUCAGGAAAAACGCUGGCUUUCGUGUUGCCCAUAUUGGAACGGCUGCUACACAGUCCCAACGUAAAAAUGAGAAGUCAUAAUCCGAAGAGCAUAUGCAUAACAAAAAGUUUAAUACUUUUACCAACGAGGGAACUGGCCCUCCAAUGUUACGACGUUGUGAAAAGUAUGACAAAAUAUGUGUCAAUUACUUAUUCACUUUUUUGUGGAGGCAUAGAUGUAAAGCAACAGGAGUAUGAGUACAAAAAGAAGAAAGACAUUUUCAUUUGCACUCCAGGAAGGAUAUUAGAUUUGUUGUUAAACUCGUCUAGCGAUUUUAUAAACUACCUAGAAGUGGUAGUGUUCGAUGAAGCUGACAAAUUAUUGGAGUUGGGUUUCAAGGAGGAAUGCCUAAAAGUGUUAGAUGUGUGUAAGUUUAAGAAGCAGAUUUUAUUUUUUUCAGCUACGUUAACUAGGGAUAUUAAGGAGCUAGCUAACUUUUCUCUUAAGAACCCAAUUUUUAUACAAAGCGGGGUAGAUAAUAGGAAAGUAGAUGCAAAGGGGGAAGUCAUCCCCAGUUGUAUUAGUAAUAAAAAAAUCUUAAAGUCUUUUAAAAUUUCAGAAAAAUUAAAUCAAGAAUUUGUAAACAUUGUAAAUGAGAAGUAUAGAAGAGCAGCUUUACUACAUCUGUGCAGUAAUGUGUAUAAAAAUCAUGCCAUCAUUUUUUUUAAGACAAAAAAAGAGACACAUUUGAUGUAUUUAAUCUUUUCCCUGUUUAACUUCAAAUGUGCCGAGUUGCAUGGUUCGCUUACUCAAAAGAAGAGAAUAGAAUCCAUAUUAAAAUUUAAGAAAAAUGAAGUGGACUUUUUAUUAUGUACUGAAUUGGCAUCUAGGGGAUUAGACAUAGAUCAUAUUCUCUACGUCAUAAAUUAUAACCUACCCUCCAACGUUAUUAAAUAUGUACAUAGAAUUGGAAGAACGGCAAGGAUAGGCAAAGACGGCACGGCGAGUACGCUCUACAGACCUAAUGAAAAAGCGGAUGUGAAAAAAAUCAUUAAAGGAUUGAAAAAAAGUAAAAAUGCUAAAAUAUUUAGGAGGAACAUAUCCAACGAUAGCAUCUUACACUGGGAUGAAUUACUUAGGAAGAAAAAAAAAAAAAUUAAAGAAAUGAUAAAGGAGGAAAAGGAAAACAAGGAAAUCGAUAAAGCCACCAAGUCGAUCGAGAAAAUUAAAAACCUCAUUCAGUUUAAGGACGAAAUUAUGAGUAGGCCACCCAGGGAGUGGUUCCUUACCAACAAGGAAAAACUGCACCUACGGAAGUUAAACAUGAAGAAUGACAUGUUAAGUGGUGAUUCCACGGGUGGGAGUCCAAGUGGCGAGGAUCAUGCUGGAGGGGAGCGCACCCGUAAAAAGGACACCGAUAGGAAGGGCGCACGUAAAAAGGAAACUGAUAAGCAGAAAACCGGCAAAGCCAAAAAGAAAAGCCAAAAGAGCGAUGAACAGGACGAAAAAAGCAAACUCAAAAGUUUUCGUUCCAUUAUAAGAGAACUGAAGCUGAACGUGCUGGUAAACGGCAAGGGGAAAAUGGACAAGUCGAAAAAUGCCAAGGGGGUUAAAAACAACUGGCAGAAGAAUAAGAACGGUGCAGGUGAACGACGUGGUAAUGGCGCUAAGAAGGGGAACAAGCCCCCCCGUAGCGCAGUUCAAAAGAAGGAGAAGAAGUUAAAGUGA